AUGGCAAACUUCUGGUCUCAUCUUCUAAUAAGAGGGUCCAGGAGAUUACAAACAUCAUUACUUUCACCAUUAUUCUCUUGGAUCUUCCGCAGUGCACACCCUUCCAGGUGGCACAAUCUCACUCAAUGCAAGCUGCUAAUUAUCAAGACUUCCCGCCAAUUCCCUGGGAAAGCCUGGCUCCACUAUGACGUUGCCUUUCAUAAGGAUGCAGCAGCAUCUGGUCUGACAGACUGGUCCCGCAUGAAUCUGGAUCUUUACAAUUUUCUUACUCGCAGUUAACCAUUUCAGUCAGGCUCCUCCUAAAAUGGCUCGCCACAGGCCUCUUGUUCCUCUGCCCUGUCGUCCAAUUUCUGUCACGCAUGAAAUGA